GUGUGCCACGGGUGUGGGGAUGUUGUCAUUGACAGCAGAGACAUCAGGUUGAUUUGUCAGACACAUCAUGUUGUUGUCAACUGGGAUAUCAUGAAGAAGACGCACACAGUUGCUGAAAAAGACAACACCCUGUUUGAUGACAUCAGACUGAUCGGUCCGGUGAAGUGCCGGGGCAAGAUUCAGGGAGGCAGACACUGUAACAACAAGCUUGGGAGUCUGAUGAUCUUCUCCAACAUUCCCUUUGUAGUUCUAGGGAUUAAAAAUUUUGGUUUUGAGUCCUGGGCAAAUCCAAGAGCACUGUCGAACUACAGGAAUUGGAAGGAUGUCCCAUAUGUGAUUGAUGAAAUUGCUCUAGUAGAUAUUGAAAGAUAUUUGCCAGAUUUGACUGCGUCUACAAGUGAUCAGAUAGGAGGCAAAAUGAGGUUUGCUGAUAUCUCUCGCCCAUACAGCAACACUGCUCAUGCAACUUUGUCAGUUCAAGCAUUGGUCAUGGCCGAAGGAUCAAGAUUAUCAAGUGCAUCUGGUGGACCAGAAGGAAUGAGGACUCUGUUCAGUAACUGGUCAAGUAUGGAGACAAAGUUUAGCAGCCUGGGUCAACCAGUUUUACAGGAGAUACUUCCAUCACCGCAGUUUAGUGAGGAAAGUAGUGAAGCUGAUUCAAUGUCGACCUUGCACUCUGACUCUUAUCAGACGACAGUAACUGAUCCAGGAGAAGAUAAUUUGGAUAAAAAGGGAGUUAAUCCCAUUUCUAUGGAGACAAACAGAGACAUAGAAAAUAUGGAUACAAUGACAAGUAGUCCUGUAACAGCAGACACAGAGCAAAUGAAAGCUGAAAAUGGUGCCUCCUCUGUAGAUGCUGGUUCAGAAAUUGAGCAUAUGGCGGAAGUUGGGGACACGUUCCUUCCUUGA